AACUAUUGUACAAAUUAAGCCUAAUAUGAUAUAAUUUUUACCUUCGUCUAUUUAAAAAAAUUAAUCUACAAUAAAUUGAUUAAAAUCGAUAUUGGAAAAUAUUUUACGUCACGUUUUAUCUGAACUAUAGAGUAUUUUAUAAAACAUUUGCAAAUUGCACGUUUUAUUGUACGGCAAUCGACGAGACAAUUUUAUAUGAGAAAAUAAAAUAUCUUAUAAGAUUAAGAAAUGACGGUAGUAUAGAUAAGAUUAUGAUAUACUAUAACGAUACGAGGUACAAUGCAUAAAUUAAUCUUAGAAAGUUUAUGUUAUUUCGAAUCGAAUAAGAGAACUUAUCUUUUAUCGGCGAAAUUAGAGAGAUACAUGAUGACAUUAAAUGUUAUCACUACCGAUUAUUAAAGUCAGUGUGUUUUCGCCUGUCGUCGAAGAUUGUGGGGGAAUUCUAUAACAAAAGCUUGCAAAGGGAAACGGUCACCUUCGAUAUUCUAAUUGUUUGCAAACGCGAUCAUCAUAACAUUAGUUAUUCCCAAGAAUCUGUUUUUGGUCUUUCUUGACAUACACAAGGAAAUUUUGUUUAUUAAAUAAAAAUAAAAAAAAAAGAAAAAAAAAAAAAGUAGAAAAGAUUUAUUUAUUAAAAACGUGUCACGAGAGAAUACGAUCGAACGAAUGUAUAAGAGGAUCAUUUUACCGAUAAAAUGCAAUUACUCAUCAGUCCAAUCGUCAUCAAACGAAAAACAACGAUGAUAUUAGAAUUAAAAGUAAAAAAAAUAAUAUGAUCAUUCAUGUUCAACAAGAAGACACAUUGCCAGCUCGAUAAGGAUCUUUUCGAAUUUGGAUUUGCUGUUCGAACGAAAGCCUAAUCCUUUUAACUUUCAAGUAUCAGCGACGUUACCAGUUUUCAAGUUAGAAUGAAAAACACAGAGUGACAUUCUCGAAGAAUCUAAUUUCAUCCUACCGUCGUCAUUGUGAUAUUCAAGGAAAAUUUAUUUGCCAAGAUGGGUUGUGCAAUUUUUGACGAAGACGGUUUUUGGACCAAGAUGGAUAUAAAAAAUAUGACGGAAGCCGAAUAUCUUAAUGAAAUAUUAGGUUCGAAAUAUCUCCCUAUGAGUAUGGUAUUGCCUCUAACUACCGUUUAUGUGGCAAUUUUUGUGUCAGGAAUUUUUGGUAAUAUCGCCACUUGUACGGUUAUUGCAAAAAAUACAUCGAUGCAAACUUCAACUAACUACUAUCUCUUCAAUUUGGCUAUUUCCGAUCUGACUCUACUUAUACUCGGUUUGCCGAAUGAGCUCAGCGUAUUCUGGCAACAAUAUCCAUGGACUUUGGGAGUUGCACUUUGCAAGAUUAGAGCAUAUGUAUCCGAAAUGUCUUCUUACGUGUCAGUUCUCACGAUAGUGGCUUUCUCCAUGGAACGAUAUUUUGCCAUUUGUCAUCCCCUUCGUGUUUAUACUAUGAGUGGACUGAAAAGACCAAUACGGUUUAUUUUCGCCGCGUGGUCUAUUGCUUUAGUAUCAGCAAUACCGUUCGCUAUUUAUACUAAAGUCAACUAUGUCGAGUACCCUCCAAAAUCAGGGAAUUGUUCCGCCGAGUCAGCGAUCUGUGCGAUACUAUCUAAUAACAUGCCGAAUUUUCCGCUCUACGAGAUAAGCUGCAUCAUCUUUUUCUUUUUACCGAUGCUUGUUAUUCUCGUUGUUUACACAAGGAUGGGUUUGGAAAUAAAAAGGAGUAUGAGACAUACGGUUGGGCCGGUCAUUCACAGCUCGAUUCAUGGAGAAACGCGACAGGUUCAAUCUAGAAAAUCCACCAUUAGAAUGUUAAGUGUCGUCGUCGUCAUGUUUUUUCUCUGUUGGGCACCCUUUCAUGCUCAGAGAUUGCUUUACGUUUAUGCAAAGGAUUCUGAUUAUUAUCCUGAUUUAAACGAAUGGCUUUAUAUUUUGAGCGGAUGCCUUUACUACUUUAGUACCACGGUAAAUCCAAUUCUUUACAAUAUGAUGAGCGUAAAGUACAGAGAGGCUUUUAAGCAAACGAUUUGCUGUAAACGGAAAUUAAGGAAAAGCUGGACCAUUAAGCCACCCGAUCUUUGCCAAUGUAAAUCUAGCGAAGAGGCUCAUCUACCACGUUUUACGUGCUCAAUGAGGUAUACAUUUGGCCAGGCGAAAGAAGUCUUUCGAUUUUCUUCAAAUCGAGAUCGAGUUGUUCGAGAUAGGUCUAUGCGCAACCAUUACGAUGAAAUUCGAAAGAUUAGGAAUCAGGAUUCAUCCAAAUCCCUUCUAAAUAACAACGGACAUCCUAUUAUGCAGGAACGGAGCAGUGAGGAAAGUACAACAUCGAAAGAGAUAGUGAAAGAAUCGAUCUCAACGGCCAGUAGUAGUAUUGAGAACGAAAAACUAAAAGAAUUCUCUUUCUCUUCUUAUACAUCCUCUUCGUUAAUUCGAUUAAUUUAUUCGCACAACAACGAAGAGAAAAAAGAAACCCAAUAUUUAAGAGGCAUGAAUAUAUCAAGCCGUUACGCGUUACCUUUAACCAAUCUCACGAAACUUAUGAAUCUGGAUGAAUCCGAAUAUUUGCAAAAGAAAUUGGGUUCGAAGCAUUUGCCGCUUCAACUUGUUUUACCUAUUACUUUUGUUUACGUUAUUAUCUUCGUUACCGGCGUUUUCGGGAAUAUCAUGACAUGCAUUGUUAUUAAGAAGAAACCGACGAUGCAAACCGCUACGAAUUAUUAUCUCUUUAAUUUGGCCAUUUCGGAUCUUCUUUUAUUGGUUCUAGGUUUACCCAAUGAAUUGAGUAUAUUCUGGGAACAAUAUCCAUGGCAGUUAGGAUUGUGCAUGUGUAAAUUGCGAGCUUUUGUAUCCGAAAUGUCAUCUUACGCGUCGGUACUUACGAUAGUGGCAUUUUCCUUGGAAAGAUAUUUGGCGAUUUGUCAUCCAUUGCAUCUCUAUACAAUGAGCGGUUUAAAGAGACCUGUUAGAUUCAUUCUUGGAGUCUGGCUAGUGGCUUUGAUCUUUGCAAUACCAUUUGCAGUUUACACCACUAUCAAUUACAUCGAAUAUCCCCCAGAAUCAGGAAGAUACUCCGAGGAUUCAGCAGUAUGUGCGAUGUUUUUACAAAACAUGCCGGAUUUUCCUCUUUACGAAUUAAGCUGCUUGAUAUUCUUUCUUAUUCCCAUGAUGUUCAUAAUGAUUCUCUACGUACGAAUGUGUCUCCGAAUACAAAGAAACACGCUUGGUCGCAGUAUCGAGGGUUCGGUCCACGGCGAAACGAGACAAGCACACUCACGGAAAGCUAUCGUACGCAUGCUUAUUGCCGUUGUGAUAAUGUUCUUCGUUUGCUGGGCACCAUUUCAUGCACAACGAUUGCUUUACGUCUAUCGAACGUCGUACUUCGACGAUAUAAAUGAAUGGUUGCAUCCAUUGAGUGGAUGCCUUUAUUACUUCAGUACAACCGUUAAUCCGAUUUUAUAUAAUGUGAUGAGCGCAAAAUAUAGGACAGCAUUUAAAGAAACGUUAUGGUGUUCGUCUGUCAAUCUUUCUACGUCAUCAGACGGUAAUAAUAGCGUUACAGUUUAUGAUUGUGAAACUGGAAAAGAAUUUCGUAUGAUGCGUGUAAGGAGUUUUCGUUACAGAAGGAGUAUCAAAAGAUAUAAUUCGAGCGAACAGACAAACAUCUUACAACGAUCUUUAAGGAAUUUACAUAGUAAUAACGAGGACUACGGAAGAAGUUCUCCGACCGAGACAUUUAUCGACGAUGAUCCAUCGAUCAUUGCAUCGAUAGAACUUAGAAGAUCAUCGCUGGUCGUACAAUCGUAUAACGGACGAACGAAAUGUUGGACGACCAAAAAGGAAAGGGCCUCUUCAAAAGAAACACACAUUUGAUUUGGGCCUUAUUUUUUUAGACGGAAGGAUUCGUUCGAUAAAUUCAUAUCUACAAACGCAGGAAAAUUAAUGGAGAUAGAUAAAUCAGAUGAGGUCUUUUUUUGACUCCCUUCGAUACUUCGUAUGAAAGAUGAU